UAGUGCUGACUGGGUACACGUGAGCGGCGGCAUGGCGGCUCACCGUUCUGGCCCGCUGAAGCAGCAGAAUAAAGCUCAUAAAGGCGGGCGCCAUCGGGGUCGGGGAUCCGCGCAGCGGGACGGCAAGGGUCGUCUAGCACUGAAAAUCCUAAGCAAGAAGGUGAGAAAAGAGCUCAGCAGAGUAGACCAGAGGCAUCGCGCCAACCAACUCCGAAAGCAGAAGAAGGAGGCGGUUCUGGCAGAGAAGAGACAGCUGGGCAGCAAGGAUGGUCCUCUUCAUCAGGUACUGGUGGUGCCCCUGCAUGAAAGGAUUUCCCUGCCAGAGGCCUUUCGGUUGCUUCAGGAUAAGGACACCGGAACAGUACACGUGAACGAAUGGGGAAGUACCCAUAGCUUUAUGCUGUUAUGCCCCCGCUUGAAACAUCGAUGGUUUUUCACAUCUGCAAGGCCAGGGGAUCUGCACACUGUGUUAGACAUGGCCAAAGUCGCGGAUACCAUCAUUUUCCUCCUUGACCCACUAGAAGGCUGGGACAGCACUGGGGAUUACUGCCUUUCCUGCCUCUUUGCUCAGGGGCUUCCCACCUAUACACUAGCUGUCCAGGGUGUUUCUGGUCUCCCACCAAGGAAACAAAUAGAUGCCAGAAAGAAGCUAAGUAAAGCAGUAGAGAAGCGUUUUCCUGAUGACAGACUUUUCCUGUUAGACACUCAACAGGAGGCAGAGGUGCUGCUCAGGCAGUUGGCUAACCAAAAGCAACAGCAUCUUGCCUUUCGAGAUCGACGGGCCUACCUGUUUGCUCAUGCGGCUGACUUUGUGCCGAGUGAAGAAAAUAACUUGGUGGGCACCUUGAAAAUCUCAGGCUAUGUUCGUGGGCAGACUCUGAAUGUAAAUAGCUUGCUGCAUAUCGUUGGACAGGGUGAUUUCCAGAUGGAACAGAUAGAUGCCCCUAUGGACCCUUUCCCUUUAAAUCCCAGAGUGAUCAAAUCCCAAAAGGACCCAGGCAUGGCAAUGGAGAUUUGUGCUCCAGAUGCUGUAGCUGAUAUGGAGGAAGACCUUAAGGUCCUAAUGAAGGCAGACCCUGAUAAACAAGAAUCUUUGCAAACAGAGGUUAUCCCAGAUCCAAUGGAAGGGGAACAAACCUGGCCCACAGAGGAGGAGCUGAGUGAGGCUAAUGACUUCUUGAAGAAAAGUUCCAAGGUGGUAAAGAAGGUUCCCAAAGGGACAUCCAAUUACCAAGCUGAAUGGAUUUUGGAUGAGGAUGGUGAAAGUGGUGGGGAAGAUGAAUAUGAUGAUAUAGAACAUGGGGAUUUUAUUGAAGAGGAAUCUCAGGAUGAGGGCAGUGAAAAGGAAGAGGAGGAGGAAUAUGAAACUAUGACUAUGGGAGAGUCUGUGCAUGAUGAUCUGGAUGAUGAGAAUGUGGAUGAUGAGGCUGAGGAAAAAAUGUUGGAGAAAUAUAAACAAGAAAGACUGCAAGAGAUGUUUCCAGAUGAAGUAGAUACCCCCCGUGAUGUGGCUGCAAGAAUUCGAUUUCAGAAAUACAGAGGCCUCAAGAGCUUCCGGACAUCUCCAUGGGAUCCUAAGGAAAACCUUCCUCAAGAUUAUGCUCGGAUCUUUCAGUUUCAGAACUUUACUAAUAUUAGGAAACGCAUUUUUAAAGAAAUUGAGGAAAAAGAUGUUGAAGGAGCUGAGGUUGGCUGGUAUGUCACACUUCAUGUCUCUAAAGUCCCUGUCUCAGUGUAUGAGUACUUUAAGCGAGGAGCACCCUUGAUUGCAUUUUCUUUACUACCUCAUGAACAGAAGAUGUCAGUACUGAAUAUGGUGGUGAGCCGGCACUCUGGCAACACUGAACCUGUGAAAGCCAAAGAGGAGCUGAUCUUCCACUGUGGGUUCAGGCGCUUCCGAGCCUCACCUUUAUUCUCUCAGCACACUGCAGCGGAUAAACAUAAGUUUCAGAGAUUCCUGACUGCUGAUGUGGCCCUGGUGGUGACAGUAUAUGGCCCAAUCACGUUUCCGCCUGCAUCUGUGCUGCUUUUCAAACAGAAUAGCAAUGGAAUGCACAGCCUCAUUGCCACAGGCUCUCUCCUGUCAGUGGAUCCGGACAGAAUGGUCAUCAAAAGAGUUGUUUUGAGUGGUCAUCCUUUCAAAAUUUUUACUAAGAUGGCAGUAGUGCGUUACAUGUUCUUCAACAGAGAGGAUGUGUUGUGGUUUAAACCAGUGGAACUGAGAACAAAGUGGGGCCGCAGGGGACACAUCAAGGAGCCUUUGGGUACUCAUGGCCACAUGAAGUGCAGUUUUGAUGGGAAGCUAAAAUCUCAGGACACAGUACUGAUGAACCUCUAUAAACGAGUUUUCCCCAAAUGGACUUAUGAUCCAUGUGUACCAGAACCAGUACCAUGGAUGAAAAGUGAGAUUUCUUUAGCAGUGCCUGAAGUGGACAUGGAGUAAUGGAUUCAUUGGGAUCCUGUCUCAUUGUUACUAGGAAACACUCUAGGGAUGGGAGCCUACAGGUUGUAAUUAGGCAAAGUUUGUGUUUUCUACUUUAGCCUAGAGGUCUACUGCCUUUUUGCAAAGGCUUUUCUUGGCCUUGACAAGGUGUCUCAGUAAACUAUGGAUGUUUUUCUCUUGCUACUUAGUUAAAAAAAAAAAAAACUAUUACUGAAACGUCCACUCUCCAUUAGGAAUUUGAAAGCUGUUUAAGAGAGGAAUAUAGGAAGUUAAAGUAACCAGGAAACAAAAUUUCCAAGUGUUUAGAGAUACUGAAUGCCAUCUCUUUUGCAUAAACUAAACAGAAACAGAUUGAUAAGGAGCUGGCCUUUCAGCCUGCUUCACCCAAGUUAGAGAGGUUAGGUCUACAUUUCCACCACUGAGCACAAUACAAAUGUUCUUUACUUCUGGGGAAACUGUUUGAAAAUGCUGAGACAGCACAGCAGCGACUCCAACACCAGCUGUAGGUUCAAUAAGCAGUUUCAUCCUCUCCCACACCAGCUGGGUUGCAUACUGUUGGUAUGGAAGGGAGUAAGAAUUAGUGAAAUCGGAAAAGGGGAAAGAGCCUAUUUACAAUUAAAGGCCAGAUGGGGUUAUAUACCCAGUCCGACCUUUUCUUCUUGGCCAUAUGUAUAUGCUCGCCAAUGAAAGGCAGGGCUUUUUUCCCAUCCUAACUCUGCUUCUACUGUUGAGGGGGUUGUCUUAAUACAUCUGGGGCACCAUCCCACGUCAUGAAGUCACGUAGUCAAGUCCCCAGGGAGUAAAUUGCUACUCAAGACUCUUUUGCCUAAGAAGUUGCUCCAUUCUUUCGUAUUUUCCUUUCCUAUCAGAGCCUCACCUUAAUUUCAUCCUCUGUGACUGUGAAGACAUCAUCAACAAGGUCCCUUAUAAUAGGCCAGGUGUUUAAGCCAAUGCUGGAUUUGACACCAUCUGCUAUGGUUUCUGGAGGACAGGGAUUAGGAGUCAGUUCCCCUUUCAGCUUAGACUGGUAGCAGUCAUCUGCAUUCAGGGGUUCAGCAGCAUAUACCUUCACAGUAGGUCUCAGAGCCUGAGAAGAGGAAUAUUAGACAUUUUAAAACCAGCCACAGCAUUUUGCCUGCAUACCUGUAGUAAAAUAGGCAAUAUAGUAACUCAUUUUCUGUUCAAGAGCCUUUCCCUUGAUGUAAUAAAAAUAGACCUUCAAGCAUUUUAAAGUAUAUGCCUAAAAAAAAAAAAAUAAAAAAAAUAAAGUAUAUGCCUAAUACUAGCCUUUAGUUGCUUAGAUCACAUCUGGUUCUACUGGUAACUAGGGAAAAGAGUAGCCCCUGACUUGGAUAGUGGGUUGUUGAGGUGGAAUUCAGAGAAAGGACUCUGAGAUGCCACUCAUUGUAACUGCUUUUGCCCUGUAAAGUUGUUACAGAUUAAGAACAGGGUAGUGAAGCAGAGAAGAGCCUUCCAUUUCAAGUGCCAAGGGUUGAUGGGAAGGAACAGCAAUUGGGAAUGUUGAGCCAAGUAUCUGCAAUGUACUAUGAUGUAAAAUAAAAUUCUCUAUGUCUGAA